AUGUUUAGUCUCAGCUUCGCUCCGCCUCCGGAAAUCGCCGUUAGUCCGGCCGAGGUGUUGAAGUAUCAGCAGAAUCAGUUCGCGUCAGUCCUGUCCGGUUCGUUGGCAGCAGCAGCCCAAGCAGCUGCAAUGCAGCAGAGGCCUACACAGGACCCUACGGCUUACGCUGCACAGCAACAACAACAAUGGGCUAUUGCGGCGGCUGCGGCUACUGCUGCUACUGCUGCGGUUGCUUCUAUUGCUGGAGGAUUUGAGCCAACACCGGCCCAGCUGCAGAACCUGAGUUUGAUAGCCGCUCGGUCGCUACACCAACAGGCGGCGAUGCAACAGAUGUACAUAUCGUACUCGACGCAACAACAGCAGGCUAUGAUGGUCCAACAGCAGGCAGCUGCGGCAUUAGCUGCACAGCAAUGGCAACGUCAACAGCAGCAGCAGCAGCAGAUGGCUGUGCAGCAACAACAGGGGAAUGUAUCUCCUCAGGAACAGCAACGCUAUGACCAGUAUCAACAGCAGCAGCAGCAGCAACAACAGCGAGGAGAUGAGGAGCACCAACAGGAGCAGGAGCAGCAACAAGAGCAGCAGCAAACGAGCCUCCAUACGUCGGCAAGUGCACCUGGCAUGCAGCACAAGUCGGAGGCCGCCGUGGGUGACGGAAGCCCAGCGAUGCUUCGGACGGCAUCUGAUCAGCAACUUAACCUGCGAGUUCCGGUGAUAACGCCUGAGAUCGGAGACAAUACAAUGAGGGACUACCCCUCCUCUAGCAAUCUCUCGGACAUGGCCUCGGCGACCGCGACCGAAGCCAGCGCUACCGAGUUUGGUGACGUCGCCGCUCCCCUGCCGAACAUCAAAUCCUCUGCUGCCAUACUGAGCGGCUCAGGUCUUCAGCAUGUUGCCAGUAUGAGUAUACCCCAGCAGUCGCAUCUUGAUGGUGAUGAUGGCGAUGCUAUGACCAGCACUAGCAACCUUAUGAAGGCGUUUGCCUCUAGUCCUGCUCUAUGCACUGUUGGCUCUCUCCUUGGUUUAUCAAACCAGGCUGAGCCUUUAAGUGCCGAGGAAGAGGCAGAGUUGGCUGAAUUUGGCGCUCUGUCAGAGCUGUACAGUCAAGAUCCGUCAGUCCAGGUUGCCUCCCCGAACUACCAUACUGUGUCUAUGCAUCACAACAUGGGAGGCCUCGCUCAAAGCGCUAGCUUCAAUUGUUUCCCAAGUUUGCUGGCGUCUGUGGGAGAGUCCCCACGUCCGAGAGCUGGUUCGGAUCCUGCGAUGCAUGGUCAUGAUGAGGAUCACAAGACCUCCGAUGUCCUUUUCGCUGAACUCCAAAAUCUGGUUCGCAGUCAGAACCGUAGUGGCGAUGGUGAUGUGCAUUAAAGUCGAUGAUUAAUAUCAUCAUAGGCAUUCUCCUUCUGUCUUGAACCAUUACUAUGUGUACACGUUCAUUCGCCUGCUGUUCCCCUUAGCUGGUGCUGUUAUCAUCUCGGACGUCUCUGUAGAUCUAGAGUCGAUUAUGAUGCUUCUGUUGAGUCCGAAGUGUCCAUUCCCAAUUUUCUGUACUUCUUAUGAUUAUACAUCAUCCUUGAAGUCCCUUUUUGGACUGCAUGAGUUUGAUGAUGACAACAACCACAACAACGUCCGAGACGAACCAUCCCUCUCUGUCAUUAACCAUCUCAUAAUUUGGAGGCCGCGUCCAAAAUUGUGAUUACGAGUUAGGAUGGUUGGUAUUGAUAAUAUUAAUACUGUUCGAUGCCUUUGGUGUGAAUCACCAUUAUAGCAAUCGUCGUUAUUAUCACUUAAUGUCCCAUAGUUCCUUAAUAGUAAUAAAAUCUUUCUAUUC